AUGCCGAGAAAUAAUUAUUCUUAUGAAGAUAACCGUCGUAUUUGCCUUUUUCCUUUUCCAAGCUUCACUCAGUUCAUAGAAAAGAAGCGAGAUCUUGGGGUUUAUGUUUCGGGCUGUCUGUUUGCCCUAGGCUGGUGGUUUUUCAUUGAUGCUGUGGUUCUUUCCAGCACAGAUAAUGAUGGUCAAGCAGUAAUAGGUUUCGAAGAUUGGAUGUGCGGGAUUUCAAGUACUCUAGGAAUGUUAAUCGUUAACUCAAUUGAUAAAGCUCGUCUCACAACUGACAGUUUUUAUGGAAAUAAUGCUGCAACGAAAGCCCGCUUUCUUUUAUUUGUAGGCUUUGCUUUGAUGGCAGGAGGCUUGGCGGGAUCAGUGACUAUAUUAAUUCUCAAGCAUAUUGUGCCCGAAGUUGGUCCUAACCUUUAUUUUGGCGUUGAGGAGGUUGUGCAAAAUGUUGCCAUAAUGCUCAGUUCGGUGGUGCUUUGGAUUGCACAAAAUGCAGAGA